CGCGCCUGAACUGUCCGAGCUACAUUUCACUGUGAUGGUUGGGUGAAUGAAUGUCGAGUCAGUCAUUCUCCUGCUCGACCUGCUUUUUCCAUUUUUCAAUGCCAGUUUCCUUCUUGUCUUCUUCUUCAUCCCCUUCCACCACUUUCACUUCAAACACUGCCGCCGUUGCACCGUCCGCUUCAGCUGCCAGUGCUUGUGAACAACAGUCUCAUUCGCGCCCCUCGUGGGCCGGAGCAGACGCGUCUGCAACAACAACAUCGUCUCAAGACCCUGCCUCGUCAGCGUCAGCGUCAUCGUCGCCGUCGUCGUCUUCCGCUAACUUUGGCCGUUCCUCUCUCCCCACAGCUUCCGGCAGCCGCUACGUCCCUCCCCACCUCCGCGGCAGGCAAGCCUCUUCGUCGUCGUCGUCGUCGUCGUCGUCCUCUGGCCCCGCUGGUGACUUCCGCUCAGACGAUCGCCCACGCAACGACCGUCCUCGCGAUGACCGCCCGCGCGACGACCGCUUUGCCAGCUUUGGCGGCUCGCGAGACCGCCGCGACGAUGGCUACCGCCGAGACGAUCGCCGCGAUGAUGGCUACCGUCGUGACGACCGCGGCUAUGGCGGCGGCUCGCGCUUUGGCGGCUCGUACGGCCGCUCGCACGCUUCUGAAGACUACGGCGGCGACAGUGCUGCGCCGACCUCGUCGGGCCCGCGCACCUACCGCAUUGGCCCCCGCGACGAGCGCCUCGAGCGCGAGCUCUUUGGCACGGUCAACCAGGGCAUCAACUUUGACAACUACGAUGACAUCCCUGUCGAGGCCACCGGCAACGACGCCCCCGAGCCCAUUGCCACCUUCCGUGACGCCAGCCUCGCGGACGCCAUCCACUCGAACGUCGAGCUCGCCUCGUACCACAAGCCCACGCCCGUCCAAAAGCACGCCAUCCCGAUCAUCCACUCGCGCCGCGAUCUGAUGGCUUGCGCCCAGACGGGCUCUGGCAAGACUGCUGCCUUCCUGCUCCCCAUCCUCUCCAACCUGUGGAAGCAAGGCCCCGCCGUGCCCCCGCCGCGCCCCUCUGGCCCCGGCGGCUACCGUCGUCAAAAGACCCACAUUGAGGCUCUUGUUCUCGCCCCGACGCGCGAGCUCGCCGUCCAGAUCUACGAGGAGGCGCGCAAGUUCUCGUACCGCUCGGGCAUUCGUGCCUGCGUCGUGUACGGCGGUACGGACAUUGGCCAGCAGCUGCGCGACAUUGAGCGUGGCUGCCAGCUGCUCGUCGCCACUCCCGGCCGUCUGAUGGACUUGCUCGAGCGUGGCAAGAUUUCCCUCGACAACUGCCGCUAUGUCGUUCUUGAUGAGGCGGAUCGCAUGCUCGACAUGGGCUUUGAGCCGCAAAUCCGCGAGAUUGUCGAAAAGAACGACCUGCCCGCGAUGGGCGAGCGCCAAAUGCUCAUGUUCAGCGCCACCUUCCCCAAGGAGAUUCAAGCCCUCGCCCGCGACUUUUUGGAGGACUACCUCUUCCUCGCCGUCGGCCGCGUCGGCUCCACCUCGGAGAACAUUACCCAGAAGCUCAUCUGGGUUGACGAGCACGACAAGCGCUCGAUGCUGCUCGAUCUGCUGUCGGCUGCUGGCCCCGAGUGCCUGACCCUCUGCUUCGUCGAGACCAAGCGCGCUGCCGACUCGCUCGAGGAUUUCCUCUACCACGAGGGCUUCCCCGCUGCCUCCAUCCACGGCGAUCGCUCGCAACGCGAGCGUGAGGAUGCCCUGCGCACCUUCCGCUCUGGCCACACCCCCAUCCUCGUUGCCACUGCCGUCGCCGCUCGUGGCCUCGACAUCCCCAACGUCAAGCACGUCAUCAACUACGACCUGCCCACCGAAAUUGACGAGUACGUCCACCGCAUUGGCCGUACCGGCCGUGUCGGCAACCUUGGUCUCUCGACCUCCUUCUUCAACGAGAAGAACCGCAGCCUGGCUCGCGAGCUUCUCGAUCUCCUCACCGACGCCGGCCAGGAAGUGCCCAAGUGGCUCGACGAGAUUGGCCACGAGAGCGGUCGCGGACGCGGCGGCUACCGUGGUGGUCGUGGCGGCAGCCGCUUUGGCGGCCGCGAUUACCGUCGCGACGAAGGUGGCUUUGGCGGUCGCUCGUCUAACAGCAACAGCGGCUUUGGCGGCAACAGUGGCCACCGCUCUGGCAACAGCAACCACCACAGCAACAACCAGGGCGGCUCUUCUGAUUGGUUUUAAUUGAGCCAGUCUGUGCCUUUCCACCUGCUUGUUUGUCUGUUCUUGUCGUGGUUUCCUUUCUUCUGUUUUUUUUUCUCACCCUGUCCACCAGCACUCUCGUCUUUUUCUUUUCUUCUUCUGCCUUUCUCUCUUCUCACAAAAAAUUGCGGUCGUUCUUGACGGCCUUCUCUUGUUAUGGCAUGCAGAGUGAGCGCGUCUCCCUUUCACGUUCCUCUGCGGGAAGCUUUUGUCCCCAACGAAAGCAACACAUUUUUUUUUCUUGCCCAUCGGGCAUGAUUUCUUUUAACCCGUUCUCCAUUGGUUUGAUUUGUUCUUUUUCUCUCUUCCUUCCUUUUUUUUUUUUUUUUUUUUCGACAAAAAGCUUCCCGCUUCCUCCCUGCUUACCGGGUUUGCGCCAUUCCUUCGCAACUCGGGUCUGCAUCCCAUCGAUUGAUGCCCACUUUUCCUUUUCUCCCAUUUUUUUUUUCCAACUCGUUAAGAACGUCCCUCCAAAACAUACUUUUGGUUUUCAUUGCCCCCCCCCCUUUUUUUUUUGGUUGUUGUUGUUGUC